AUGGAUGAAGGGUUUGCGGGGCCCAGUAUGCGACCAGCCUCCUAUGAGGAACUCGCCCUAAUAAGUAAUAUCCCGACGACUGGUCAAGCAAUUCGACCCGUAGAGCUAUAUUUCAUGCCAUCAAACCAUUUCCAGCAAUUGACUGUUGAAAUGCCGCUGCGAAGCGGAGCUUGCGGUAAGAUCUUGUCAGAUCUGGAAGGCACGUCCCCGGCAUGGCCCGCUCGACCAGCAAUCAUUAUACGCAUGCUGUACCAUGCAUUGGUGCAUGCUAUAUCCGCCAAGUCGACACGGGUGGGUACUGAGAAGAAAUCAAGAAAUUAA